AUGUGUUUCACGAGCUUCGUGAGGAUUUAUCUCUCUCUUGUGUUGUUGGAUUGUUAUUGGACAUCGGUUUUGGGACAGCUCUCCUACACGGUUUCUGAGGAGGUGAACAUCGGGACGUUUGUGGGAAACAUUGCCAAAGAUUUGACUCUUACCAUGCAAGAAUUGCAGUCUCGAAAAUUUCAAGUUAUUUCUGGAACAAAACGGAAAUAUUUUGAGGUAAAUCUUAAGACCGGUGUCUUAUUCGUUAACGAAAGAAUAGACCGCGAGGAGCUCUGCGGUGACGAGACCAAAUGCUCACUAAAUGUAGAGGCGGUGAUGAACAACCCACUUAAACUGUACAGGAUUGAAUUUACAAUAUUAGACGUGAAUGACAAUGCCCCUUCGUUUAGUAGCAAAUCACAAAUUAUAAACAUAACUGAAACAAAUACAUUACCGGGGGUCAAAUUCCCACUGAAAUUAGCCUAUGACGCAGACGUGGGCAAGAACGACAUUCACAGCUACAGGCUUAGUCAAAGUGAAUAUUUUUCUCUUACAUCUCACCAAGGAGCUGCUGUAACUACAGAACUGGUCCUACAGAAAAUUUUAGACCGUGAAAAGCAGUCAACUAUCAGGCUCACUUUAACUGCUGUUGAUGGAGGAACGCCCGCAAAAUCAGGCACAACUGCCAUCAUCAUUAAUGUCUUAGAUGUAAAUGACAACGCCCCUGUGUUCAGUAAAAACUUAUAUAAAACUACUGUUCAUGAAAAUGUCCCAGUAGGAACUUCUAUUAUCACAGUAAAUGCUACAGAUAUAGAUGAAGGAAUAAACGGAGAGAUUGUGUAUUCAUUUAUAGAUCUUGAACAGAAUAAACGGACCGAUGUAUUUGCCAUUGACGAAAAAACAGGAACUGUGACGAACAUAAAAAACAUAGACUUUGAGGAGAAUUCAGCAUUUGAGGUCAGAGUCCAGGCCCGUGAUAAAGCGACGUCUCCAAUGAGUUCGCACGCAAAGAUUUUGAUCGAAGUAUUAGAUGUAAAUGACAACGCGCCCGAAAUCUCUGUCACGUCUCUGUUAGACACGGUCAAAGAAGACGCGACUGUGGGCACCGCCAUUGCGCUGGUUUCAGUCUCUGACAGAGAUGGAGGUAAAAACGGUCAAGUCCAGUGUCGUAUAAACAAUAAUGUCCCCUUUAAACUUGAAACUAAUUAUAAAAAUUACUAUUCACUGGUGGUGAACGGUCCUUUAGACAGAGAAAGUACUCGUCAGUAUAAUAUUAGCAUUUCUGCCAUUGAUGAAGGCAGCCCACCUCUGACCAGCACGAGCCUUAUAACUGUGCACGUGUCAGAUGUGAAUGACAACAGUCCCGUGUUCACAGAAAGUCUCGUAAACAUUUAUCUAAAGGAGAACAGUGCUGUGGGAUCAGUCAUUAAAACAGUAACAGCAGAUGACGCUGACGUAGAUCAAAACGGUCACGUGACCUAUUCCCUCUUAAAACAUCCGGGUGAGUCUGUGCACCUGUCCACGAUGGUGAAUAUAAACUCAGAGACAGGAGACAUAGUGACGUUACAGACUUUUAACUUUGAGGAGCUUAAAACGUUUCAGUUUAAGGUCCAGGCCACAGACUCUGGUGUCCCUCCGCUCAGCAGCAACGUGACUGUGAACGUUUUUAUUCUGGAUGAAAAUGACAAUAGCCCCUCGAUCCUGGCGCCCUAUUCUGAGCACGGCUCCGUUAACAGUGAGAGCAUCCCCUAUUCCGCUGAAGCGGGCUACUUUGUGGCAAAGAUCAGGGCUGUAGACGCAGACUCUGGGUACAACGCGCUGCUUUCUUAUCACCUGUCUGAGCCCAAAGGGAACAACCUGUUCCGGAUCGGGACCAGCAGCGGAGAGAUCCGCACCAAGAGGAGGAUGAGUGACAAUGACCUGAAAAGUCACCCCUUGGUGGUGCUGGUGUGUGAUAACGGAGAGCCCUCCCUGUCCGCCACUGUGUCUAUUGAUGUAGUGGUGGUGGAGAGCACAGCGGACAUUCAGACUCAGUUCAGACAUGUGCCCAUAAAGGAGGAGAGCUUCUCGGAUUUAAACCUGUACCUGCUCAUCGCCAUUGUGGCGGUGUCAGUCAUCUUUCUGCUCAGUCUCAUCACGUUAAUAGCAGUCAGAUGUCACAGGACAGAGAGCUCUUUCAACAGGUACAGCGCCCCCAUGAUCACCACCCACCCUGACGGGAGCUGGUCCUACUCCAAAUCCACUCAGCAGUAUGACGUGUGCUUCAGCUCAGACACACUCAAGAGCGACGUAGUGGUUUUCCCCGCACCGUUUCCUCCUGUAGAUGCAGAACUGAUCAGUAUUAACGGAGGAGACACUUUCACCAGGACACAGACUUUACCUAAUACAGACAAGGUAAGAAACUAA